GGUAUUCGGGGCAGGCGAACAGGCAAGCAAGUAAGCAAGACAGGCAAGCACGCAGGCAACGAGAAAGCACAGGGUACCGCGAACGAAUCGCGCGUCCUCGCCGUUCAGUCGGGUAGGCGCGUUUCUGUGGCGUCGGUCUUUCGAGGGUAGCGUUUGCUUCGUGUUGUCCUCGGUUCAGAGCGAAUAGUCCUUUUAAGUGCAGUGUAACGGGUGUUUUAUUUAUCGUGUUAAGCAAAAAAAAUUUGAAAAAUAAAAAAGAAAAAGGAUCAUGAGAACCAUGUGCACUGGUGAUGAUGUACUUUAACAAUCGUUGAAAGUUGGUAUAAAGAUUGAUACAAGGAAGAAAUAGAGGUGAACCUGCGAAAUAAUAUAAGGAGAAAGAAGCAACAACGUGGUUGCUUCGGCUAGAACAUCCAGCCGGGAAGAAAAGAAUAACAAGGGCAAGAAAGGAAACAUGUCGCGACAACUUACUAGCAACCACAUUGUACGGACCUGGGCGAGGCCUCAGUAUUUUUUGCUGUCGUUUCUGCUUCUUUGUGGAACUCUCGCCGACGCGACCAGAUUGAGGCAUUCGAGACACCUGGAUUUAAGAUCGCAGUUCUCCAACGACGAGGAAUUUGCGAUGCAGCAAGAUGAAAAUCACAAUCACAAGCCUGUGUUCUCGAAUUGUUCGAAUUACGCGCCGGUGGUGAAGGAGGAGGAACCGGUGGGCACAGUUGUGAUUCAAGUACACGCCAAGGACAGGGACAAUCCGGACAACGGAGGUACCAUCACUUACAGUUUCGUGACGGCACCGGGUGAGAAGCUCAAGUUCGAGAUCAACAAUAGAACCGGAUUGAUCAGGACGACGCAGGUGUUGGACAGGGAUGAACCAGCUCGUGAAAAAGAGGCCUACCUGACCGUUCUCGCGACCGACAAUGGAAGACCGCAACUCGACGAUGUGUGCACGUUCAAAGUCACCAUCGAGGACGUAAACGACAAUUCCCCUGUUUUUGACAAAGUGGUCUUUCGUGGAUACGUAUGGAAGGCGUACACCGAAUCAGUUCCGCAAGACUUGCCCCUUGGCCGGGAAGUUAUGAGGGUAUCCGCCACGGACAUCGACGAUGGCAACAACUCCGUCGUGUACUACAGCUUGUCGCCUAAGAGGCCCGAGGACGGUGUAUACUUUCGAAUAGAUCGCAACACGGGUGUGAUAUUUCUCAACAAAACCAUCGACAAAGUUCCGGAUUACAAGUUCAGCAUGACAGCGACGGCCCAGGACCAGGGAGAGAAUCCAAAGUCGAACGUGAUCGAUCUGGAUAUUCGAGUGGUCGAGUCCCACAAGAAAGCCCCGGUAUUUUUGCCAAGGCCUGCCGAGCCGAUUCGAUUGCAGGAAAAUUUCAGCGACUUCGACGCGAGUAUCGUGCAAUUAAAGGCUGUAUUGAACAACGGAGAUAAACUUUUGUUCGAGCUGGUUCCAGGUACAACGGAACAAACCAAUAAAGGGAAUACUUUCAGAUUGGAAUCGAACAAGGACGUAGCCGAUAUAAAGCUCUCUCAACACCUCGACUACGAGAGCAACACGCAGUACACAUUGAUCGUGCGCGUGCAAAAUAAAUAUCAGUUAGCAGCCGAGACAACGGUGGUUAUAGAGGUGUUAGACGUCAACGACAAUAUACCGGUGUUUCGCGAGAUGAAGAAGGGCAGCGUACUCGAGAACGAGCCGCCAGGAGUUCCUGUGAUGCAAGUGCGCGCCAUAGACGCCGAUGGGACUUCAGCUCACAAUCAGGUUACGUACGAGUUGGACAACUUUAGAGAUCUUUUCGCAAUCGACAAGUACACCGGGAACAUCACCACGUUGACCACGUUUGACAGAGAGGACGAGGAUACGUACAACGUGAAGGUUAUCGCGGUAGACAAUUCCCCUAGCGCCCUUUUCAAGACGGGAGAGCAUAACAAGGGUCAGCAAGUGUUCAGGAUCGAGAUCGCGGAUAAAAACGACAAUGCUCCUCACUUUACGCAAGCUGUAUACACCGCGAAUUCGAUCCUCGAGAAUGCCAACAUAAACGAGGCGGUCACAGAGGUGAAGGCCCUCGAUUCCGACACUGCCAGUCCGGUAACAUACAGUAUUAUAUUCGGAAACACCGACGACAGCUUUUAUAUCGAAGACACGACUGGUAAGAUUCGUGUGAAGAAACCUUUGGAUUACGAGAAAAUCACGGAAUACAACUUAACCGUUAGAGCGUUCGACGGGUUGUACAAUGACACUGCGCAAGUAAAGAUUUUCAUAGAGAACGUGAACGAUAAUCCGCCAGUUUUCGAAGACUUUAACAAGAAUCCUACUAUAGAGGAGGAAAAACUGGUAGAAGGUUGUAUCACCACCGUGGUCGCUUACGAUCCUGAUAUCACGGACAGAAAUGCUGAUCAGCAUAUUGCUUACGCUAUUGUGAAAGAGGACCAGCAACCGUUGAUCGGCAUUGAUAAAUCUGGUUGUAUAACGUUGAAGAAACCUCUCGAUCGGGAUCCACCUUUAGGAUAUCCCAUGUGGACGGUGAUUGUAAUGGCUCGAGACGAGGAUGGAUCCCCGACUGCGUUACGAGAACUGGUAAUGGUGAAUAUCACGCUGAUCGAUAUAAACGACAACGCGCCGUUCCUCGAUAUGCCGUAUCCGGUUGUUUGGGGCGAGAACAAGCCUCCCGGAAGGAUAACGGAACUGAAAGCUCGGGAUUGGGACUCGGAAGAGAACGCACCUUUUCACUUCCAAAUCGACAAGAAUACAGCCGACGAUGAGAUUCAGGCGAAAUUCGCAAUUCGAGAUGCCGAAUUGUUCGCACGAGUCGAGUUUAAUCGAGAGGAGCGAAAGAGUUACGAUAUCCCGAUCGCUAUCACGGAUAGCGGUACACCACCGAUGACGGGAACAUCGACUUUGACCAUGAUAAUCGGGGACGAGAACGAUAAUCCGAUGUCGGAAGGCUCGAGCUCGAUAUUCGUUUAUAAUUACAAGGGCGAAGCGCCGAAAACGGAGAUCGGCCGAGUGUACGUGAAUGAUCCGGAUGACUGGGAUUUGCCUGAUAAACAUUUUGCCUGGGCCUCGACCCAUGAAGGAUUUUUGUUAAAUCAAGAUACCGGCAUGAUCACGCUUCUGCCGGGUAUCUCGAACGACACGUUUGUCCUCAAGUUUAUAGUGACCGAACAGAGUUCGUAUAUUCCACGGCAUCAAGUGAACGCGUACGUGAACGUCACUGUGAAAGAAUUGCCCGAAGAAGCGGUGGAGAGAUCGGGCUCCGUGCGUUUCUUUGGAAUGACCGCGCAUGAUUUUGUCGCGCCCGAUGAUGAAAGCGGUAUCAGCAAAAAGGUAUUUCAAGAAAGAAUCGCCGACAUGCUUAACACCUCGGUGGAGAACGUGGAUGUAUUCACGGUGCUUCACUCGCCUCAUCAUAACAACGAGAGUUUGUUAGACGUGCGUUUCUCGGCGCAUGGCAGUCCGUAUUACGCUCCCGAGAAAUUGAACACGAUUUUGGCCCAGCAUGCGAAAGAAAUUGAGCGAGAGCUAAAGACCGAUAUUCUUCUUGUCAACAUUGACGAGUGUCUGUUCGAGAAACAGUAUUGCAACAAUAGUUGCCGUAGCUAUCUGAAUGCAAGCACAGUUCCAUAUCCAGUUUAUACGAAUACGAGUACGUUCGUUGGCGUACGAGCGAUCGUAGAUCCACAGUGCACUUGUCACGUGUACGAACCAAUAGUUUGUCUGAAUGGAGGCACGCCGUUGGCUGACCGAUGCGAGUGUCCACCUGGUCUCGAAGGACCAAGAUGCGAGCUUCUCGGCAUUGGAUUUCACGGAGAUGGCUGGGCCGUAAUGCCACCGCCUGGUCAAGCUUGCGACGACUCUCACCUGGGUCUCGAGAUAACGCCUCAUAUGGACAACGGUCUUGUGUUCUAUUUUGGUCCAAUGACAUAUAGCCCGAAGAUGAAAAUUCAAGAUUUUAUGGCUUUGGAGCUACAACAAGGAUAUGCUGUUCUUUACAUGGAUUAUGGAACUGGCACUGUGCGACUCGAUCAACGGCAUAUCAAACUCACUGAUGGCAAAAGUCACAAGAUAGAUAUUUAUUUUACGAAGAAUGCGAUUGAGAUGAAGGUAGACAAUUGUGGAAUUUCGGCUUGCAUUAGUUUAACCCCACCGCAAGGACCAAACGAGCUCUUGAAUGUCAAUAGUCCGAUGCAAAUCGGUGGAACUUUAAUUAAUCUUGCACAACUAGGCUCGCAAUUGGGAUGGGAUUUUAAACCUACUAAUAAGGGAUUCGUUGGAUGUAUACGCAACAUGACUUUCAAUGGAAAUACGUAUAACUUGGGAAUGCCAUCAUUAUCUAGAAAUGCGGAUCCCGGUUGCGAUCAUGGAAUGGCAAAGGCCGUUUCCUUCGGAAUUGACACCAAUUUUCUUGUCGCAAUUUUAGUUUGCAUUGCAAUUUUAUUGAUAUUGUUGCUAGCAGUAGUAGUACACAGACGGAAAACUGAUGAUCUUUACAAGGAUAUGGACGACAUAAGAGAGAACAUAAUCAAUUAUGAGGACGAAGGAGGCGGUGAGGUAGAUACAGGUUACGAUUUAAAUGUUCUUCGAACGAUUUAUGAUGCUCCGCCUAUCGAUUCAAAAAUACCACCGGUUGGCAUGAAAACAAGAGGGUCUGACGAAGUACCAGACAUUUGCGGUUUCCUAGAUGGCAAGAAAGAAAGCUGUGACAAGGAUCCCGAUACAAAUCCAUUUGACGAUGUUAGGCAUUAUGCUUAUGAAGGGGAAGGCAAUUCAGAGGGUUCCUUGUCGUCUUUGGCUUCUUGCACUGACGACGGAGAUCUCAAGUUCAAUUAUUUAUCGAAUUUUGGACCGAGAUUCCGAAAAUUAGCCGACAUGUACGGAGAAGAACCUAGCGAUGAGGAGAGUGACGGUGUCGGAGAACGAGAAAGCGAGAGCUGGUGUUGAGGCUUAUAUCGAACUCGAACCGUUCAUAUCAAUUGAUUCAACUAGUUUCAACUCUCUGACGAAGCUAUAUUACUUCGUCAUUUCGUGUACUUAAUUCGGAUUCGAGAAUAUCUAAUGUUCUCUGCUCCCGAUACAAGGACACAGCUGAUUCGUGACAACGAUGGUCACAUAUUAUUUAGAUAUAAUCGAACCAUCUUCUUUUGUUUUGUUUUUUUUUAUUUGUUAAAUUUUUUUUCCUAUUUUUCUCUUUUAUUGGAGCAAAUCGCUCUCGACUUACAACAUGUAGAAAACAAAAUUUGCUGGAUGUUUUUGAAGAUUUAUUGUACGAUAACUUGCAACACUGUGAAAGAUAAUGAACAUGAUUUUAAACACACACCAAGUUGCAACGAGAGCUUAAGAAAAUAGGAAACAAAGAUGAUAAGAUAUUCUUUCUUGUUGACACGAAAAUAAAAGAAAGAAA